AUGGUUCAUGUUGUUAGCAAUCACACUGGUGGUCGUCAAACAUCAACAGAACAAAUAAAUGAGACAUCGGACACUGAAUUUAGUGAUGAACCUUUGCUGAAUAGUAAUGAUUCUGCAUCUGGCAGUUUACCAAAAGCUGUGGCUAGAUAUGAAACAAGCUUGUCUGAAGCAGCAUUUAACUGCAAGAAAAACUACAAAUUUGACUUGUUGGAUCUUUUGACAACAUCUACUAAGUCAAACCAAUGUAUGCUUGGGAUUGAUGAGGCUGGGAGAGGUCCAGUCCUUGGCCCUAUGGUUUAUGCAUGUGCCUUGUCGCCAAUAAGUCGGUUGAAUGAACUGAAAACUAUUGGACUUGCUGAUUCAAAGACAUUAAAUGAAAAUCAACGUGACAAACUUCUUAAAGAGAUGUUGAAUAAAUGUGAUUGGAUAUCAGCUGUCGUCCAUGUGAUCAGUCCUGUAUACAUUACCGAGAAAAUGCUAGACAAGUCGAAAACUAGUUUAAAUGCUAUAUCUCAUGAUUCGGCCAUACAACUUAUUCAAUCAGUUCUUGACAGUGGAGUAAAUUUGGUUGAGGUUUACGUUGAUACUGUUGGCAAAGCUGAACAUUAUCAAACUAAACUACAAAAUCUUUUUCCUCAAUUAAAAAUAUGUGUUGAAAGCAAAGCUGAUGAUAUUUAUCCAAUUGUGAGUGCUGCUAGUAUCUUUGCAAAAGUUACUCGGGAUCGAGUUCUUCAAAUGUGGCCUAAAGAAGAACGUGGAAGUGUACCCGAAGGCACUGGUCUUGGUUCUGGCUAUCCAGGUGAUCCCGUCACCAAAAGUUAUUUACGUGCAUGUAUGGAUCCAGUUUUUGGUUUCCCGUCUCUUGUGCGAUCUAGUUGGUCAACUGCAUCUUCUCUAUUAGACCAACAUGGUGUAUCAGUUAGGUGGGAAGAUGAUGAAACACAUGAAGAAGUAAUUCAAGCUAAAAAACUUGCACGAAAACGCGAACAUUCAAAGGGUACUUGUAAAUUAUCGAAUUUUUUCAAUAAUGCUCAAUCGAGAUCGUCCACACCUGAUGCGUUACAUAGACAACCAUUUUUUGUACGAACUGGUCUUGUGCAUGUUCAGACUAUCACAUGAAUUAUAUGAGAUAUAUUAUGUAUAAUUUUCUUUGUAUAGAUGUUUCAUCAUAUUUCUAAUAAAAUCGA